AUGAAAAUCUUGGUAGAUAAGUCCGUGGAGAUCACAUCUAACAAAAGGAAACGAGUUGUUGCCGCACCACCAAGUAAUCAGAGUCCAAGUGAAAGCAGCCUACAGAUCAUUAGUCGAAGAACAUUUGAAGCUGCGGUUUACAAACUAUCGAAGAGUUUUGAAGUUGUUGCUUCUCCAACAUGUGUCAUUGCUUCACCGCAAACAUGUUCUGAUCAAUUUGGUAGCAGCGUAGUGGUUAUAAGUCGUGAAGCAUUUGAAGCCUCUGUCUCCGCACGUCCAAAAACAAACAAAUCUCCAGAUGGUUCUCAAUGGAUUCAUUGUCACUCUCUUGGCGAAGGUGCUCAUGGCUUUGUUUAUUUAGCCAAGCGAAACACCGAUGUUGACAAUGAUGGUUUGCCAUUAAAGAUGGCAAUCAAAUGCUCAUCCAUUACAUUUUCAUCAACCCUUAUUGAAGAGGAACAAAUCCUCACAAGCCUUUCUUCUCCAUAUGUUAUUUCAUGCUAUGGUAGCAGAAUAACAAUGACAAAAAGUCGACCACACGGCAGCGACUACAAUUUGAUUCUUGAAUACUGUUCUGGGGGAAGUAUUGCAGACUUUCUCAAAUUUCGAGGAAAGGGGAUGGUGGAGAGCGAUGUUCAGCUUUUUUCUACAGAUAUCCUCAAAGGUAUCAGCUAUAUACACUCAAUGACGAUUAUUCACUGUGAUAUUAAGCCAGGUAAUAUUUUACUUAAACCUCAAGUAACUCGUUCUAUGCCUAAUGGUUUUGAACCAAAGAUUGCCGAUUUUGGGUUAGCAUUAAGAAAAACUUCAGUUGAGUAUGGAGAUGGUAGUGGUCAUAAAAGAGGAACAUUAUUGUACAUGUCUCCUGAAGUUUUAAGAGAAGGUGUUUUGGAUUAUGCUGCUGAUAUAUGGUCGUUUGGAUGCACUGUGUUAUAG